CAUUUCCUCUUUAUCGUUCCUUUCAAUCUUCACCCCUAAACACACGCUAGCUCAACAAGAAAAAAAAUUGCUGGCACGCUCUGAGCGUGUCAAGUCCAUGGACUUUCAUCCAACAGAACCCUGGAUUCUAGCCAGUUUGUACGAUGGACAUGCAUACAUCUGGAAUUAUGAGACCCAGGCACUGGUUAAGACCUUUGAAGUCACGGAUCAGCCAGUCCGCGCCGCCAAGUUCAUCGCUCGUAAGAACUAUGUGAUCACAGGAUCGGACGACAUGCAGCUCCGCGUAUUCAAUUACAACACGCACGAGAAGGUUCACAGUUGGGAUGCUCACAGUGACUACAUUCGCUGCAUUGCUGUCCAUCCGACUCUUCCGUACGUGCUCUCGGGCUCGGAUGACAUGACGAUCCGUCUGUGGGACUGGGACAAGAACUGGAAGUGCAUUCAGACCUUUGAAGGUCACACACAUUUUAUUAUGACCAUCACCAUCAACCCAAAGGAUACCAACACGUUUGCCUCAGCCUGUGUCGACCGCACUGUCAAGGUGUGGUCUCUUGGAUCGAGCGUGGCCAACUUUACGCUGGAAGGGCAUGAAAAGGGCGUUAACUGGGUCGACUACUAUUAUGGUGGAGAGAAACCGUAUCUUGUCACGGCUGGUGAUGACCAACUUGUCAAGAUUUGGGACUACCAGAACAAAACCUGCGUUCAGACGCUGGAGGGGCAUUCUCAAAACGUCACCUUCGCAGUCUUUCAUCCAGACCUGCCGAUCAUCAUUUCAGGAAGCGAAGAUGGAAGCGUCAAGAUCUGGCAUGCCAACACUUACCGCCUUGAAAACACUCUGAACUAUGGUCUCAACCGUGCCUGGGCUAUUGCUUAUCGUCGUUCGACGAACGACGUUGGAUUAGGCUUCGAUCUUGGCUCCGUUGUUAUUAAGCUGGGUCGCGAGGAGCCCACAGUCAGCAUGGACAGCGGUGGAAAGAUCAUCUGGGCUAAGCACAAUGACAUCCAGACGGCGAACAUUAAGGCAAGCAUGGGCGACGAGACUAAGGACGGCGAGCGUAUCAUUUGCUCUGCCAAGGAUCUCGGAAACUGUGAAGUAUACCCCCAAACCUUGCAACAUAGCCCCAAUGGUCGCUUCGUCGUCGUUUGCGGAGACGGAGAAUACAUCAUCUACACUGCCUUGGCCUGGAGAAACAAGAGCUUUGGCAGUGGACUCGAGUUUGUCUGGGCAUUGGAUUCCAACUUGUAUGCCGUCCGUGAAUCAUCCUCGAAAGUGAAGGUAUUCAAGAACUUCAAGGAAAGACCCAAUCUGAUCAGACUCAAUUACUCAGCCGAGGGCAUCUUUGGAGGCACGCUACUCGGAGUGAGGAGUGCCAGCUUCUUGAACUUGUACGACUGGGAGACUGGUCUCACUGUCCGUCGCAUUGACUGCGAGCCUAAGAACGUCUACUGGUCUGAGACUGGCGACUUAAUGACCAUCGCCUGCAGUGACUCGUUCUACGUCUUGCGUUACAACCGUCUUGCCUAUUCUCAGUUCGUCGAGGCUGGUGGACAGGUGGGCGAGGAAGGCGUUGAGGAAGCAUUAGAAUUUGUUACAGAAGUCCCUGAAAAUGUUCAAACUGGUUGCUGGGUCGGAGACUGCUUCAUCUACACCAACACUUCCAACCGCCUGAAUUACCUGGUCGGUGGGCAGAGCCAGACCAUUGCUCAUUUCGACAAUGCACAGUAUCUUCUUGGAUAUAUUCCCCGCGACAACCGUCUUUACCUCGUGGACAAGGAUGUCAACAUUGUCAGCUAUGCCAUCUCGCUGAUUGUCAUCGAGUACCAGACUGCGAUCCUUCGUGGUGACAUGGAGACUGCCGAGACUUUGUUAGCACGUAUUCCUCACGACCAAUUGAAUAAGAUUGCUAGAUUCUUGGAGGGCCAGGGCCUCAAGGAGCUCGCCUUAGAAGUCUCAACCGAUCAAGAGCACAAAUUCGAUCUCGCGAUUCAGCUAGAGAGGCUGGACGAAGCGGUCGUCAUUGCUAGAGAAUCGGAUAUGGAGCCAAAGUGGAAGACGCUGGGCGACUGUGCUAUGAACAAGUGGAGGAUCAACCUCGCGGAAGAGUGCUUUACCAACGCGAAGGAUUUGAGCGGACUGCUGCUUAUCUAUACCUCGAGCGGAAACGCCGAAGGCAUGAGACGACUGGCGGCGAUGGCUAAGGAGGCUGGAAAGAGCAACAUUGCCUUUGCCUGUUACCUUUCUCUUGGCCAAGUUGAGGACUGUAUUGACAUUCUCAUCGAGACUGAGAGAAUCCCCGAGGCAGCCAUGAUGGCUAGGACAUACAUGCCAAGUGCUGUCCCUCGAGUUCUACAGCUCUGGAAAGAAUCUCUUGUUGCCGCCAACAGGGAGAAGACAGCCCAGGCAUUGGCCGAUCCUGCCGAGUAUGAGGAGAUGUUUCCGGACCUUCAGUAUGGACUCUUGGCAGAGCAGGCCAUCAAGGCCGCACGAGCAAAUUCUGUGCCAGCUACAGCCUACAAACAAUGGAAAGAGAGCCUCCAUCGCGACAUCAUCUCAGGUAUGCGAGCGAUACUAGAUCUGUGCAGUUUUUCUGAAAGGUCUCUUAAUGACAUGCGUGCCAACAUUAUUUCCUUGCUCUUAACACUGCUGUAGACGUCAAGUUGGGAUACGGUGUCCCGGACUUGUUGACACAGAUCUCUCACACCGAACCCGAAAGUCUUAUUCAGAUCUAUGACGACUCAGCAGCGUCCAACCAAGUGAACGAUGGUGACUCUAGGCAGCAUCCUGUGAUGUUGGAGGAGCCUGCAGAUUCGAUUAUCAGUGACAAUAUGAGCCAUCUAUCCCUGGAGGUUAAUACAACCGGAACUGGAUCUGUAAUGGACUACGAGAGCUC